GAURGGGAGUCCCACAGUGGCGGCGCAUAAUUGGCCCAGCGUCGCCCGGGUUAGGGGAGGAUUUCACCGGGGUUGGCCGUAAUUGUAAAAUAAGUGUUUGUUCUUAAUUAACUGACUUGCCUAGUUAAAUAAAGACUAAAUUAUGUGGUAGGCAAAAUACUCUAGCAAUUACGGUAUUAUGCUCAUGGCAAUAAGAAGGAAGUGAAGGGUGGAAUGUCAUCCAUUUCUUUUCAACUCUACAAAGGAACGAUGGCGCUCCGGACUUUAGGUUGUCACUUGGGGCGUUUUCAAGGGAUUUACCGCCAGCUACAGCCCCGGUCCUGUGGGCUGGCUGUGUUGGGGGUGCGGGGGCUACCUGUGGUGUCGGUGGGGGUGAGAUAUAAGAGCUCCGGCCCUGUACAGGUGAGUCACCUGGACCACCUGGUGUUGACCGUGAAGAGUGUUCCAGCCACCUGCACCUUCUACUCCUCUGUCCUGGGCAUGGAGGUCAUCACCUUUAAGGGUAACCGUAAGGCGCUGUCGUUUGGAAGCAGAAGUUGACCUGCACCGGUGGGUCAGGAGUUUGAACCCGAAGGCUUGUGACCCACCUCAGGAUCAGCUGACCUCUGUCUCAUCACCUCCCACCCCCUGGCUGCUGUAGCUACACACCUACAGGCGUGUGGUGUGGAGAUAGAGGAGGGUCCAGUGGAGAGGAGUGGCGCGGUUGGACCCAUCACCUCCUCUCUACUUCGAGACGACCACAACCUGAUAGAGGUCUCUAACUACAACGACCAAACAAAGGACUGA